CUGUGUGUUGUAUAGUGACUACAAAAACGAGAACUAACCGGCUGUGUGUGAUACAGUGACUAAAAAUAUAUAGUGACUACAGAAAUAAGAGACCUAUCCUGAUAUGUACGUUAUGGUGAUUACAAUCUAGACAAAAAAGGCAAACCACAAAGUCAAUACACCACAGCGUGCGCUUUACUGUUGCAGAAGGACUUCUUAAUAUCACGGUUAGCGAUGCAGGUGAUGGAAAGGACCAUUUAUUAUACAUCAUAGGUAAGUUAUGGGAGAUUAAUGAAGUCGCUGAUAGAGUAGACGUAAAUAAUUAUCAUUAUAGGCAGGUAUACCUGGGAUCAAUACCUGAUUAAGCCACGGGCAGCUGUAUUGUCAGAUCUUGUGAUCCCCAGAAAUAUCUACAGCCACACAUGGUCUGCAGUCAGUCCGUUCACACUAAAUACUGAUGUCGGAAUCACACAGAGAGGAAUGGGCGAUAUAAAGAUUUGUGGAACGAAAGGAAAACCAAAAGUCGACAAUAAAAGUGCAGACUGCAACCGAUAGAUGGGAAGCAUCAAUAUUUAAUUCUCAACGGACACAAAUUAUUCCACUUAUAGUUGGCCAGUGUCUAGUCGUCAUUUGUAACAAAAUGAGUGACAUUGCCUUUGAAUGUGACAACAGAAAAUCUCGUCAAGCUCACGCCAUGUGAUAUGACUUCAGCAUAAACCCAUACAUGUUUGGUUCAAGAAUAUUGGCCUCGGAACUGAAGUUUAAUAAUAAUCCCACCAAUGUCCUCGCGGGAAGUAGAUAUGGAUGUAGUGGUGGCCAAAAUCAUCUCACUCAUCAUAUCCACUGGAGUAUCUGUUCUAUUUGGGCUGUUUCCGUGUAAAUUGUUCCAAUAUUUUGCUAAAGACAUCACUCGACUUCAAAAGCCUGUGGAUUAUCUGAUAGCAUCCAUGAAGUGCUUCUCCGGGGGUAUAUUUCUAGGAACAUGUUUUCUACAUUUGAUUCCAGAAACUCGCAGUAAGAUUGAGGCGGUUAUGACGCAGUCUCGGUCGUAUUCACAAUACCCCGUAGCCGAACUGCUGACAGUUGUCGGUUUCUUUGGAGUCUUGUUCAUGGAGCACGCCAUUAGAUCUUUAUAUAAAAAGCUUCAACGACUCACGGAUAGAGAACGAGACUAUGAUGAUAGGAACAUGUUUACAUUUAGUAGUUGUAGGUUCGGAGGAAGUGAAAGUGACCUUGAUGAGCACAGUAUGAACUCCAUUAGUAUGCACGACACUCUACAGGCCGAACAUAACACGUUCAUCAAAUCGGCCGACCAAGAGGAAACGAAAGAAACCCUUGAAUCUGACAUUGAACCUGCCCCACUGCAAGAUUUACCUGUCAAAACAGUGGUAUCGGAACUCAGCAGGGGAGACGAUUCUGGAAAAGGACAAAUGAGAACAGCUAUUUUUAUUACGGCCUUGUCAUUCCAUGGUGUGUUCGAAGGUAUGGCUCUCGGACUUCAGAGUAUGGAAAGUAAUGUGUGGGUUUUGUGUUUCGCCAUUACAAUACAUCGUGGGAUUUUAGCGUUUGGAAUGGGGUUAGAUCAUAUGAGAAACGAAGUCAAACAUCGCACAAUGAUUUUUAGUGUAUCCUCGUUUUCUCUCCUAGCUGCGGUGGGAAUUAUAAUCGGGAUCGCCAUUUCAACAGGUGCCCAGCUGUACGAAGACGUAUUACUUCCGGACGCCAUUUUACAGAGCCUUGCAACUGGGACUUUAUUCUAUAUCAUCUUUUUUGACAUUCUUUACAAGGAACUCAAUGGAAACAAAGAGGUUAAAAAGUUGUCGUGUGUAUUCGUAGGUUUUUCUAUCAUGGCCAUAAUAUUUGCAGUUACACGAAGGUAACACUUCUUAAUUAUAAUUGGUAAUUCAAAUUUCUCCUACUUAAUUUUGUUUUCUUAUUCGUGAAGUCACUGGAUCAGAGUGUUAUAUUUUGCUAACUUUGUAAUGUUAAUAUGUAUUUUUGUUGCUUAAUGGUACAUCAAAUAAGUAUGAAAAACAAAUUAAAAAUAAAUAAAUCGAU